AAAAUCUUAAACAAGAUGGCUGCUAAAGUAAAUAGUAAAAAUGUCAGUAAAUGAGCAUGGUUACAUGUGAUGAAAACAUCGCUAGUCUACUUUAAUCAUUACACAGAAAAGUUUUAAUACAGUUUUUUGAAAACAGUUGAUUUAUAAAAAGCAGAGAAGCAUGGAAGAGGAAACAGAAUAUUUAGCUGUAAUGUUAUCUAUUGUAGAUGAACAGUCAAACAAAUUAACAGAAUUUUUAAACUCUGAAGAUUUGAAACCAGAUCUAUCAACAAUAUUUUCAUCUUCUAAAGACGUAAAAACAGAAUUUACAGCAUUUUCAUCUAUUGUUGAUGCAAAACCCAACAUGACAUUCACAGCUUCACAAGAUGUUAAACCAUAUACUACAACAGAAUUUUCAUCUUCUAAAGACACAGAAACAGAAUUUUCAAGUUUUUCAUCUCUUGAUGAAUUUACACACAACAAAACAUUUAUUAACUUGCAAGAUGUUAAACCUGAUGUUAUAACUGAGUUUUUAAUUUGUAAAGAUAAAAAGCCUGCUGUAUCAACAUUAUCAACAUCUGAAGAUAACAAAUCAGAAGUCACAACUUUAUCAAGUAGUAAAGAUUCAAAACCAGAAUUAUUGACAGGAUUUUUAUUUUUUGAGGAUAAACAACAAAAAGGGCUUGAACUUCAAGUUGAAGAAAAUCUCCAGUUUUCUAGAGACAAAAGAUAUCAGAUUGUUUCUAGUGUCAAACACAAAAGGUUUUCUCAAAGUUCUAACUUAAAAAAACAUAAAACAACUCAAGAAGGAAAUGAGCAAGUUGAUUAUGAUGGUGACCAUGAGAAUCUUUCUCAAAGUUGUAAUUUCAGUAAAAAUAAAAAAGUGCACUCAAGAGAUAAGCCAUAUAUAUGUGAUGUUUGUAAUAAAAGGUUCUCUUAUCGAUGUAGAUUAUAUACACAUAUAAAAGAGCACUCAGGUGAUAAGCCACAUACAUGUGAUGUUUGUCAUAAAAAGUUUUCUCAAAAUUCUAGUUUAAAUUCACAUAAAAUAAUGCAUUCAGGAGAUAAGCCACAUGAAUGUGGUGUUUGCCUUAAACAGUUUGCAUAUAAAGCUAAUUUAAAUGCACAUAAAAAAGUUCAUUCAGGAGAUAAGCCACAUGAAUGUGAUAUUUGUCAAAAAAAAUUUAGGAAAAAGGUAAAUUUAUCACAUCACAAAAAUAUUCAUUCAGGAGAUAAGCCAUAUGAAUGUGAUGUUUGUCAUAAAAAGUUUUCUCAAAAUUCUAGUUUAACUACACAUAAAAUAUUACAUUCAGGACAUAAGCCAUAUGAAUGUAAUGUUUGUCACAAAAAGUUUUCUCAAAAUUCUAAUUUAUAUACACAUAAAAAAGUGCAUUCAGGACAUAUGCCACAUGAAUGUGAUGUUUGUCAUAGAAAGUUUAGGCGGAAGGAAAAUUUAUUACAUCACAAAUAUGUUCAUUCAGAAGAUAAACCAUACAAAUGUGAUGUUUGUCAAAAAAGGUUUGCUCAAAACUAUACUUUAAGUUCACACAAAAGAAUUCAUUUAGGAGAAAAGCCAUAUGAAUGUGAUGUUUGUCAUAAAAAGUUCUCAUACAAAUAUUAUAUUAGUAAACACAAAAGAAUUCAUACUGGAGAAAAGCCACAUAAAUGUGAAGUUUGUCAUGAAACAUUUAUUCACUAUUGUAGUUUAAGUAGACACAAAAGUGUUCAUUCUUAUGUUAAACCCAACAUGACAUUUAUAACUUCUGAUGUUACGCAGGAUUUUUUAUCUUCUAAAGACACACAAACAGAUUUAACAUUUUCAUCUUUUGAUGACAUUAAACCCAACAUGACAUUUAUAACUUCUCAAGAUGUUAAACCAGUUGUUACACCAGAAUUUUCAUAUACAGAUACCAUUAAAACAGAAUUAUCAACCUUUUCAUCUUUUGAUGAUGUAAAAAACAUUACAUUUACAACUUCUCAAGAUGUUGAACCUGAUGUUACAACAGCAUUUUCAACUGGUGAAUUUUCCACAUCUAAAGAUAUAGAUUUAGAAUUAGCAACUUUAUCAACUAGCCGAACUUUAAACCCAGAUUUAUUGAAGAAAAAAGUUCAUUUGGUAUUAGAAAAGAAAUAUGAAUGUGUUAUUUGUCAUAAAAGGUAUGCACACAGAUGUAGUUUAAGUCAACAUAAAAAAGUUCAUACAGGGGAAAAGCCUCAUGAAUGUGAUGUUUGUCAUAAAAGAUUUUCUAGAGGCUGUAAUUUAAGUAUACAUAAAAAAGUUCAUUCGGGAGAAAAACCACAUGAAUGUGAUGUAUGUCAUAAAAAGUUUACUCAGAAGAUAAAUUUAUUACAUCACAAAAAUGUUCAUUCAGAAGAUAAGCCAUAUGAAUGUGAUGUUUGUCAUAAAAGGUAUACUUACAGUCCUACUUUAAGUAGACACAAAAGAAUUCAUACACGAGAAAAGCCAUAUGAAUGUGGUGUUUGCCAUAAAAAGUUUCCACAUAGUUCUAGUUUAAGUGCACAUAAAAAAGUUCAUUCAGUAGUUAAGCCAUAUGAAUGUGAUAUUUGUCAUAAAAAGUUCUCAAACAAAUAUUAUAUUAGUAAACACAAAAGAAUUCAUACUGGAGAAAAGCCAUAUAAAUGUGAUGUCUGUCAUGAAACAUUUACUCACUAUUAUUGUUUAAGGAGACACAAAAGUGUCCAUUCCUAUGUACAGAGCAGCAUGGAGAAGGAAACAGAUGAUUUAGCUGCCAUUUCAACUGUAGUAGAUAGCAGUUCAAAUGAAUCAACAGAAUUUUCAACUUCUGAAGAUUUGAAACAAGAUCUAUUAAAAUUAAUUUCAUCUUCUGAUGGCAUAAAAACAGAAUUAACAUUUUUGACUUCCCAUGAUAUAAAACCCAACAUGACUUUUUUAACUUAUCAAGCGGUUACACAUGAUGUUAUUUCAGAAUUUUCAGCUUCUAAAAACAUCAAAACAGAAUUAAAAUUUUCAUCUUAUGAGGACACUAAACCGAACAUGACAUUUAUAACUUCUCAAGAUGUUAAACCUGUUGUUACACCAGAAUUUUCCUAUGCUGAUACCAUAAAAACUGAAUUGUCAACCUUUUCAUCUUUUGAUGAUGUAAAACACAUUACAUUUACAACUUCUCAAGAUGUUGAACCUGGUGUUACAACAGCAUUUUCAACUGGUGAAUCAGUAUGUUCCACAUCUAAAGAUACAGAACUAGAAUUAGCAACUUUAUCAACUAGCAGAAUUUUAAAACCAGAUUUAUUGACAAAAAAAGUUCAUUUGGUAUUAGUAUUAGAUAAGCUAUAUGAAUGUGUUAUUUGUCAUAAAAGGUUUGCACACAGAUCUGAUUUAAAUGCACAUAAGAAAGUUCAUACAUGGGAAAAGCGUCAUGAAUGUGAUGUUUGUCAGAAAAGUUUUUCUAGAGGCUAUGAUUUAAGUAAUCAUAAAAAAGUUCAUUCGGGAGAAAAACCACAUGAAUGUGAUGUUUGUCAUAAAAAGUUUAGUCAGAAGACAAAUUUAUUAGUACAUCACAAAAAUGUUCAUUCAGAAGAUAAGCCAUAUGAAUGUGAUGUUUGUCAUAAAAAGUUCUCAGACAAAUAUUAUUUUAGUAAACACAAAAGAAUUCAUUCAGAAGAUAAGCCAUAUGAAUGUGACAUUUGUCAUAAAAAGUUCUCAGACAAAAAUUAUCUUAGUAAACACAAAAGAAUUCAUUCAGGAGAAAAGCCACAUAAAUGUGAUAUUUGCCAUAAAGAAUUUUUUCGCAAUAGUAGUUUAAGUAGACAUAAAAUAAUUCAUUUAUAUCAUCCUGGAGAUAAGCCAUAUGAAUGUGAUGUAUGUCAUAAAAGGUUUGCACAAAGUUCUAUUUUACAUACACACAAAAGGGUUCAUUCAGGAGAAAAGCCAUAUGAAUGUGAUAUUUGUCAUAAAAGGUGUUCUCAAAGAUCUAAUUUAAGGCUACACAGAAGAGUUCAUACAGGAGAAAAGCCUUAUGAAUGUGAACUUUGUCAUAUUAGAUAUUCUCGAAAAUCUAGUUUGAAUAUACAUAAAAUGGCUCAUGUAGAAAAAAAAGCCUUAUGAAUGUAAUGUUUGGCGUAAAAUACUUUUUCAUAAAAAUAUUUCAACUAGUCAUUAUAAUAUUCAGUCAGGAGAUUUACCAUGAAUCCUUAAGUCUCACAACUUUCAGUUUCUAUUGCUUGAAAAUUCGCCAAACAGUUAUAUAGCAUUCACAUUUUAAAUUUGAAGGAAAGAAAGGCUAAAGCUACAGCAAUUUGUUAUUGUUUUUUUGUCUUGUUAUUGUUAUGUCCCUUGUGUUACAUAUAUGUUAAUGAUGUAUUACAUAAAUGUUAAUGAUGUAUUACAUAUAUGUUAAUGAUGUAUCUUGAAUGUCUUGUUUCUGUGUGGUGAUGUCUUGCUGAUGAUGCAGUGAGUUUUCUAUGAAUGGAGUCUUGAGAGAAGACAAAUAGGCCUACUACAUAAAGUGUUGAAGCUAACAUGAUAGUUUUCUACUGUUAUAUUCCAAGUGCUAAAUAAAAUAAGAAAUAUAAGUUACAAUAGUUAUAGUUUAAAAUAUUGUAUCUUAUAUUAGAAUGAUUUAUGCUUAGUCGUAUUUAAAUUUUGUAUUAAAUAAUAUAUGUGAAAGUGAAAUGUCAAUGGACUGUAACUUUAAAUCAAUCAAAAUUGC